GCCUGUGGGUCUCCGCGCGAUCAGAGGAGGAGAGAAUCGGUGAACUGGCUGACUAAGCGACGCGUGAUCUGCUCGUGAUGCUCACGUGCACCGAAUAAGCAGCUGCCAUUUUCAAAUCUCUGGUGUGUUUCUUCGAGGAGAUAUCGACAAGGUGCCACCGGAAAGCUUCUUUUACCCCUUCCCUGACACUUAUGGCCGACUGCAUACAGCCGAGCAUUGUCUGGUGUUGAGAACAAAUGAGCGCCGAUCUUUGCCCUUCUUGCUCUGAUGGAUGCUAUUUCGCCUACCUCGAGCGUGUGCUGGAGCAGGGUCUGGUUGUGUGAGAGACAGAAGUGAUACACUUCAAGCUCCGAUGCACCUACCGCGCGUGUGUGCUAGUUUGGGCAGGGUCUCGGUGGAGUUCCCUUCAGGGUUUGUACAUUGAUAUAUAUCUAUGAAGCUUUGGUGGGAAAACUCUUGCUUCAGAGGGACCAAUGUUUGAAUCUGACAGUGAAGCUCCCAUUUACAACCUCAAUUCCAGAA